UAUCUCUGUAUUUCAAAAUUUCUUAUUUUAUAGUACUUGAAAUCCAUUUUUUUUUUUAAUUUGUGUAUUAGCUUGUUACAAACAAAUACAGAAGCAAACGUAGAUUUGAUCUGCACUGAGCUAAAUUUAGUUCACUCCAUCACUAGAAUUCACAAUCGAUAACCAAAUGUCGUCAUCGUCAUCGUCUUCGUCUUCGUCAAGCUCUUCAAAAUCAUGGAUCAUAAAUGGUCUGGCUAUAGGAGCUGCAAUGGCUGCGGCUCUCGGUGCUCGCGCUUACCUGGCCCGAUCCGGCAGGUUUCGGAGUCGGGUCAUUGGAAUUAUACCCGCCCGUUUUGCUUCUACUCGCUUUCAGGGUAAACCGCUUGUUCAUAUCCUGGGCAAGCCGAUGAUCCAGAGAACAUGGGAAAGAGCAAAACUUGCUGCUACCUUGGACCACGUUGUCGUGGCAACAGAUGAUGAAAAGAUUGCUGAGUGCUGUCAAGGUUUUGGUGCAGAAGUAAUCAUGACCUCUGAAUCAUGUAGAAAUGGAACCGAGCGAUGUAAUGAAGCUCUUCAAAAGCUUGGAAAAAAAUAUGACAUUGUCGUUAACAUACAAGGAGAUGAACCUCUUAUAGAACCAGAGAUAAUAGAUGGCAUUGUCAAAGCCCUGCAGGCUGCACCAGACGCGGUCGUUAGCACUGCUGUGACGUCUCUAAAACCUGAGGAUGCAUUUGAUCCAAAUCGUGUCAAAUGUGUGGUCGACAAUCGUGGUUAUGCAAUCUAUUUUUCACGAGGAUUGAUCCCUUAUAACAAGUCUGGCAAGGUUAAUCCUCAUUUUCCGUACUUGUUGCACCUAGGAAUUCAGAGCUACGAUUCCAAGUUCCUGAAAAUAUAUCCAGAAUUGGAACCUACACCAUUGCAACUUGAAGAAGAUCUUGAACAAUUGAAGGUCCUUGAGAAUGGAUACAAGAUGAAGGUGAUAAAAGUUGACCAUGAGACUCACGGUGUUGACUCCCCGGAAGAUGCAGACAAGAUAGAGCAGUUCAUGCGGGAGAGAAACUUGUCUUAGAGCAGAUUAAGUUUCUGUUGGAUAACUUUGGUGAUGUUUAGAGAUAUAGACGUUGAGCUUUCUGGAAACCAUUCUCAGUCGGACUCAGUGCACCAUUGUUGUUGCUGAAUUAUAUACUCGAACUUAGAAAUAGGAAGUAGCUGCAUUCAAUCCUGCGAAGUUCAAAUUUUGCCGUUUGUGAUGUAUACGGUCUUCAACCUUGCUAGGGACCUAGUUAUUUCCGUUUAUUUCCUAGGCUAUGCAUUUCUAAUUGUUUCAAUGA